UUUUACAUUGUUAACACUUCCUACUCAGAACUUGAGAUCGACAAUCGUCCAAGCAUACUAAAAUACCAUAAAAUACGUUAUUCGUGUAACAAUGCGUCGUAUCACUAGCAAGUUCCUGUGCGUCGCUCCAGCGUACCGUUUUGCGUCUAGUACCGCGAAGAAGUAUGAUCUGUUUGGCUAUGAGGUCGACACCAAUACCGCGCCAUGGAUCAAUGAGAUCAAAAAGUGCCAGUACUAUGACGAGGCCGGAGAAGUGCUGGUGAAGAUGAAUGUAAACAACUGCCCUCCUGAUCUUGAGACGUACAAUGCGACGCUGCAGAAGAUCUUUGAGGCCCCCAGCAAGGCGGCUGAACCGAUAGAAAAUGAAAGCAAGUUCUGCGCGAUGAUUGAUCUGCUCGAGGAAAUGAGCCACCGCAAUAAGAUAAAGCCGAAUGAGGAGUCAUGGACCUGGGUGUUGAAGGAGUGUGUGCAGUGUGGCCAGUUUCGCCUAGGCUACUGUAUCGGCAAACUCAUAGAGGCCGAGUUCAAGAAGGUACCUGAGGAACUCCUAAAGCAAAAUGAGGCAAACGCCGAAAAGGCCAGGGCCGAAGGCAAUGAACAUCCUAGACACCUGUCGGAUACGUUGAAUAUUUUUGAUAUUAAAAUUGCGUAG